AUUAUGUGUUACCGAUAGCCAUAAAAUCUUUGGAGAAGAAAAAACAUCCUACGUCCUUAGAGCCGCUGCCGCCUCCUUACACUUACAGCCACCGCGCCGUAAACCUCACCGGUAGCCACAUCUUACAAGGAAGGAAUUUCUUCACCGACCAACUUCUUUCUUUUCUCAUCUCCAGCAUUCCAAAAAUGGUUUCUGGAUUAAUCAACGCAAACCCUGUUAUUUACGAAAAGAAGCAGCGUCAACAACGUUCUACUCAAUCCCUUCCCGCCGAUGAAUACGCGGUCGAACCAAUCGAUCAACUUGAGAUUUUCGAUCAUAUAAGAGAUAUCAAGGAUCCUGAGCAUCCUUACUCUUUGGAAGAACUCAAGGUGAUAACCGAGGAAGCAGUUGAAGUCGACGAUAAAAAUAGUUAUGUUAGGGUUACGUUUACUCCAACAGUGGAACAUUGUAGUAUGGCAACGGUUAUAGGUCUUUGCUUACGGGUCAAGCUCUUGAGAAGUUUGCCUUCGCGUUACAAGGUGGACAUCAGGGUGGCACCUGGAUCUCAUGCUACUGAAGCUGCAGUUAACAAACAACUAAAUGAUAAAGAACGUGUAGCUGCUGCACUUGAAAACCCAAACCUUGUGGAUAUGGUGGAUGAAUGCCUUGCGCCAUCAUAUGAUUGAAGGAUCUUUCUUUCAUCCCAAUUCUACGAAUCUGUAGGAUCUUUUGUUUCUUUGCUAGUAGUUGGUAAGCUUUAUCUGUAUGAUAUAUUUUUGUUUUUUUUGCUGAGGACAUAUUUGUUAUGCAAUUUGUGCCUACUACAUGUAAUUGUAGUUCAAUAGGGUUAUAGGAAUACACAGUUGAAAAAAUGUAAUAGCUGAAUGGGAUACCAAGGCUUAUUGAUUAUUAGCUCUAGUGAAGAAAAGGAAAAUUCUUUUUAAAAGUUCUCAGCUUGUUUCAGUCAGAGUGAUCAUCUGUUAAGUUUACACCACACUCAGUUCCUGUCUUCAUUCCUAUGUUUGCACUUUAGUUUCUCCUAAUUACAUUGAAGUUUAUUUAAAAUAAAAUAUACUCAUUUUACGUGAUAAAGUCAAAGGUUUAUGCAUGAAUUUUUCUACUGUAAUGUUAUUUUAUAUACCACACUUCCCAUUAUUUCAUGUUUCAGUGAAUGAAAUAUCAUAUA